ACCUCUGGAAGGGGAAAGAGAGAACUGCGAGCUACGAGCGAGCGCUAGUCUCUGGCAUUACCCAGGAAUUUACAUCUUUCCGUUCUCAGCCGCGGCACGGAAAUCGCCGCUGAAAAAUUCAUUAACAAUCAGCUCGUCAUCAUAAAAGUAGCUGAUUUCGGACGGAAACAGGGGUCUUUGUUAGCUGAACAAGAAAAAUCAAUUCAACAACCGAAUAAUCAUGACUUUCUCCAACAGCACUGGUGGAAGCGCGGCGGCGUACGGUGGAGGUAGCAGCCGAGCUGCUGGUAGCAGUGGUGGUGAUGGCGCCGGUCGCGGAGGACGCGGUACUGGGGGUGGACCCCAACGCGUCUUCGGACGUCAAGGCACCCGCUAUCAAGGUGGUGCCGGUGGUAGCCGAGGUGGACCGAUGGGAAGCCGCCCAAGUGGCCCUGGAGGCCGCAGUGGUGGACCCGGAGGACGCAGCGGCGGUGGCAUGCGCAUGGGAAGCAACAACGCCAACAACGCUGGUAAUAAUCUUCGCAAGCCCAACUGGGACUACGAAGACCUGCGCCCAUUCAAGAAAGAUUUCUAUGUACCUCACCCAAAUGUUGCCAACCGUCAUCCAUCAGAGGUUCAAGAAUAUCGUGAUCAGCACAAAAUCACCCUGCGUGGCGAGAAAGUUCCCAACCCAAUCCGCUACUUUGAGGAAGGAAACUUCCCUGAUUAUGUCCAUGAAGGUAUCCGCAGAAUGGGUUACACUGAGCCUACCCCUAUUCAAGCUCAAGGUUGGCCAAUUGCCAUGUCAGGCAAAAACAUGGUAGGCAUUGCUCAAACUGGAUCUGGCAAGACCCUUGCUUACAUUCUUCCAGCUAUUGUCCAUAUCAAUAGCCAAGCACCCCUUAGCCGUGGUGAAGGCCCUAUUGCUCUUGUCCUUGCCCCAACUCGUGAGCUUGCUCAGCAAAUCCAAACUGUAGCCAAUGAUUUUGGCUCUCUCUCCUAUGUCCGUAAUACUUGUCUUUAUGGAGGUGCACCAAAAGGACCCCAGGCCCGUGAUCUUGAACGCGGAGUUGAAAUCUGUAUUGCUACUCCUGGUCGUCUUAUUGACUUCCUUGAGCGAGGCACUACCAAUCUGAGAAGAUGCACGUACCUCGUUCUUGAUGAAGCUGAUCGCAUGUUGGAUAUGGGUUUCGAGCCCCAAAUUAGAAAAAUCAUUGAGCAAAUUAGGCCAGACAGACAAGUUCUUAUGUGGUCCGCUACUUGGCCCAAGGAAGUAAGAAUGCUUGCUGAAGAAUAUCUCGUUGAAUACACUCAACUCAAUAUUGGAUCAUUAUCGUUGGCUGCCAACCAUAAUAUUCUUCAGAUUAUUGAUGUCUGCCAGGAGCAUGAAAAAGAAGCAAAACUGGGAACUUUGCUUCAAGAAAUUGGAAAAGUAAAUGAUGAGGGUGGAAAGACCAUUAUCUUUGUUGAAACAAAGAAGAAGGUUGAAGAUAUCACAAGAAAUAUUCGCCGUUAUGGAUGGCCUGCUGUAUGUAUGCAUGGUGACAAAUCACAACAAGAACGUGACUAUGUUUUAAGAGAAUUCAGAAACAGAAAAGGAUCCAUACUUGUAGCAACAGACGUUGCUGCCCGUGGAUUAGACGUUGAUGAUGUUAGAUACGUCAUAAACUUUGAUUACCCCAACUCCUCUGAAGACUACAUUCACCGAAUAGGAAGAACAGGACGUUGUUCUAGUUCAGGCACCAGUUACGCCUUCUUUACACCACAAAAUGGAAGACAAGCUAAAGAUCUUAUAAAUGUUUUGAAAGAAGCAAAUCAAAUUGUCAAUCCUAAAUUGACAGAACUAGCAGCUAAAGGAGGUGGUUUUGGAGGACGCAAUCGUUGGGGAUAUGGUGGAAACAGAGGCCGUGAGAACUUCUCUGGCUCACACAAACGUUUUGAUAACAGAGGUGGAUACAACAACUACAGUUGAUUAUCCACUAGUGUAAAUGCUCAGUUCGACAAAACUGAGCAAAAGCCGAACGGAUGGGGACACAAAUUUAAUAAUUUUUAAUCUUAAUCUGUGAUUUGAAGAUGAAUCCCCAUCCAUUAUGCUUGUUAUUAUAUAAGAUAAUUUUAAACUCAAUUUAUUAGAUAAAUUCAAAUUAUUGGAACGUAAUUCGUUCUAGUACGCUUUUUAGUUGUUUUGUCAAUUUUACGUUGUUGAACCAGGAAAAUCAUGAAUCCAUUUGAAAUAGACGAUGCCUGGCUAUUAUUUGCAACUACCAUCGGAUUAUAUAGACAAAGCGUAAUGGAUUAUGUUGAUUAAUAGUUUCUUUUCUUUUGUAAAAAUUUUGAGAAUCAUUCUCAAUCGUGCAAUGUUAAUUGCAACGUCGAUAUUGGUCGUGUUUUAUAAAUUACGAUGUUGAAAAGUUAAACCUUUCAAGUACAAAUAUUUGAAAUGAUUAUGUAUUUCGGUUGUAAGCGGCAAAUUACGACGUAUGAACCUUGAUAUCUAUAAAUAGCAUUGCAGUAUCAUUCCAAUAUCUGGUAGAUAGAGCUUAAAUAUUUGUUCUCUCAAUUUUUACUCAUAUUCACUUCACAUUCAACAUUUAGUGAACUUUUCAUAUAUCAUCCUAGAUGAAUUGUAUUACCGGUAUAUUAUGUUAGUUUUCGUUUUUUAUUAGUAUUUGUCUACAAUUAAUGUGUGCAUCGUCGAAAAUAUAUACAUUGCACAUCUUAUAUACACAUUUAUGUUAUACCUGUAAACAUAACAGGGUAACCAAAAGAGAAAAUAAAUAAAAAAAUAAUCACCGUAA